AUGGGUUUAGAAAUGCAACUGGAGCUAGAAUUCCGUAGGAAUCAGGUAGAAGAUUAUCGAUCAUUAGAANCAAGAGAGGAGAAAUUCGUCUCCCCCCCUUUCGCACGGCUGAAACAAGCCUUAAAUCCCUGCAAUGUUUCAUUUCAGGCAGAGAAAAUUAAAAAGAAGAGAAAUACUGUAUUUGGGACGUUACACGUUGCACACAGCUCUUCACUUGAUGAAGUGGACCACAAGAUUCUGGAAGCAAAGAAAGCACUUUCUGAAUUAACUACCUGCCUGAGGGAGCGACUCUACCGAUGGCAGCAGAUUGAGAAGAUCUGCGGCUUCCAGAUAGCCUAUAACUCAGGGCUGCCAAGCCUGACCUCCUCCCUCUAUUCAGAUCACAGUUGGGUGGUCAUGCCGCGAGUGUCCAUCCCACCCUACCCAAUCGCGGGGGGAGUCGACGACCUCGAUGAAGAUACCCCUCCCAUCGUUUCCCAGUUUCAUGGUAUGCGGUGGGAUAUCUCAGAUGACCUCAGACGAGACACGCAUAAUUGGGGCUGGCUAAAUGUCUAUGAUUCUCAGUCAUCCAGGUCAUGGUUGUCCCAAAGUAUAAAGUAG